AUGGCUCCUGCUUGGACCGUCCCCUCCGCCGCGCUCCUCUUCCUCCUGCUCCUCGCCGCCAUCUUCGUGCCCGCCGGCGGCGUGGAGAUCCUCUCCAAGUCCCGCCUGGAGCGCUGCGCCCUGGACUCGGGGGCCGGCGGCAGCCUCGCCUGCGACCACAAGAUCGUCCUCAACCUCGCCGUCCCCAGCGGCUCCAACGGCCGCGAGGCGUCGCUGGUGGCGCAGGUGGUGGAGGUGGAGAAGAACGACAUGCAGGCGAUGCAGACGGUGCGGGAUCCCCCCGUCAUCACCAUCAACAAGUCCGCCACCUACGCGAUCUACGACCUCUCCUACAUCAGGGAUGUUGCUUACAGACCAGAGGAAAAGUUUUCCAGGACCCGUAAAUGUGAAUCGGAUGCUGGUGCCGAUGUUGUUAGAGAAUGUGAAAGGUUACGGGAUCAGAACGGCCACAUAAUUGAGCAUACUGAGCCGGUUUGUUGUCCAUGUGGGCCUAAUCGCCGUGUUGCUUCUUCUUGUGGAACAAUUUUUGACAAAAUGUUUAAAGGCAAAGCUAAUACGGCUCACUGUGUACGUUAUCCAGGUGAUUGGUAUCAUGUUUUUGGAAUUGGGACAAGGUCAAUUGGUUACAGCAUCAGAAUACAAGUAAAGAAAGGCUCUUCUGUAACGGAGGUUAUUGUUGGUCCUGAGAAUAAAACAGUUGUUUCUAAAGACAACUUUCUGAGAGUAAAUCUCAUUGGUGACUAUGUUAGAUAUCAAAGUCUCCCAACAUUCGAAGACUUCUAUCUUGUGACUCCAAGAAAGGGUGUUGGUGAUGGUCAACCGCAAGAUCUUGGCGAUGACUUCUCCAGGUGGAUGCUGUUGGAGAGAGUACGGUUUACAUUAGACGGUCUUGAGUGCAACAAGAUUGGUGUUGGGUAUGAGGCCUACAGAAACCAGCCUAACUUAUGUUCAUCACCAUUUUGGAGUUGCUUGUACAAUCAGCUUUGGAAUUUUUGGGAGGCUGACGACAACCGGAUAAACAGAAACCAAGAGCCCCAGUAUAUUGUGCAGGGAAGAUUUGAUAGGAUCAACCAACAUCCGCAUGCAGGAGUUCAGACCUUCUCUUUUGGAAUCACAGAACUUGUGAAUACCAACUUGCUGAUAGAGCUGAGCGCUGAUGAUAUAGAAUAUGUAUACCAGAGGAGCCCGGGGAAGAUAAUUAGCAUUAAUGUCCCUACAUUUGAAGCCUUAAGUCAAGUUGGUACUGCGCAGGUUACAAUUAAGAACAUUGGCAAACUGGAAGCUUCAUAUAGUUUGACGUUCAACUGCUUAAGUGGCAUCAGUUAUGUGGAGGAGCAAUUCUUCAUCAUGAAACCUGAUGAAGUGCUUAUUCGCUCUUUCUAUUUGCGUUCGUCAACCGACCAAGCAUCAAAAUAUCGAUGCACGACUAUUUUGAAAGGGUCGGAUUUCAGUGAACUUGACAGAGCAGAAUGCCAGUUCGCAACUACAGCUACGGUUUUUGACAAUGGAACGCAGGUUCGGAAAUAUUUGCGCUCUUGUAUUGAUUCCCGCGGCGUCAAGGGUUUCUUUGAAGCCAUCAAAGACCUGUGGCUGAACACGUGGGACAGUGUGGUUGAUUUUUUCACUGGCAGAUCAUGCAGCAGUACCAAGUGCUCGAGUUUCUUCGACCUGAGCUGCCACAUCCAGUACAUCUGCAUCGGCUGGCUCGUCAUGGCCGGCCUGCUGCUUUGCUUACUGCCCACAGUUGCGGUGCUCCUGUGGCUUCUCCACCAGAAUGGCCUCUUCGACCCGCUGUACGACUGGUGGGAGGACGUGUUCGGGCCGCCGGAGACCGCGCACCCCAAGCGUGGGAGAGGCCACCACGCCGGCCACCAUCACCACAACCGGCACCCGCGCGCGCACAAGAAGCCCAGGAGCGGCGUCCCCGGCCAGCACCACCACCACCACCACCACCACCACGUCCUCCAUCGUCACGGCGGCCAGCCUGACGCGGCGGCUGAGGGCGGCGAGCGGCACCGGCGCAGCCCAGCGCUCGGCGUGCAGCACAGGGACGGGGGUCACAAGCACCACCGGCACGGCAAGGCGCCACAGAGGGAGCGGGAGAGGGAUGGUGGCGGCGUGGAAUACAAGGAGCAGCGCGGGCAUCGCGAGAGGCGCGGCGGGGGCGACCGCGACCGGCACCACUCCCGGGCGGUGUAG